GCGAUGUCGAGAGCUCAAGCUGAAUCUGUUAUCAAGAACAUUAUCCGAGAGAUAGCUCAAGAAUGUGCAGUGAAAGGUCAAGCUGUUAGCGAGACUCUGGUGGCUUUCAUGGUCAAGGCGGUUGUUUUAGACCCCGACAACCAGUUUAAUGUUGAGCGAACUCUAACGAAGGACGAUGUGCAGAAACUCAUUAAAACAUGUGUAGAUCGACUUCUGAUGAGCGCAUCUCCAAGUCUCGAUACCAUCAAGAUGCAGGUUUACUUUGACAUGAACUACACUAACCGGAAUGAAUUCUUGGAAGAACACAAAAGAGUUCUGGAGUCCAGAUUGCAACCGGUGAUGAGAGAGAUAACAGACAGCCGAGCUAGGACGAGAGAGGAACUGGAGGGACUCUACCGCAAAAUUGUCAGCUGUGUUCUUCUCAGGUCAGGGCUAGGUUCCCCCACUGAUAUAUCAGUAGUGAGAGAAGCAACUGCAGCUCUCCAGAGCGUGUUCCCUCAAACCGAGCUGGGCACGUUCAUGUCUCUUACCAAGCGAGACAAGGAGCGCCAGCUACGUGAACUAACUCAGAUAGUGACAGGUAUCCGGUUAUUUAACAAGGAAUGUGGUAAAGGUGGAGAGGGUAUUGACAACCUGCCCUCCAUCCUCAACGAAGCAAUCCCUUCCGCUACCAUGAACAUUGAGAACGAACUGAAUAGUACCCGACUGUUCAUAUCACGGUACACGGCGCUGAUCGAACGACAGAAUGCGGAGCUGCUGGAGGAACCUGAACCAGAUAUGCUGCGUCAAGCUGUUAUCAAUUGUAGACAACACGAGGCGUUUUUAAAGGUGCUGCUGAACGAUGUUGUUGUGGCAACAGAUCAAGUGAACACGUUGGAGAGGGAUUUGAGGUCGGUGCUGAUUCAGCUGCAGAACACUAUUCAGAGCAAAACGGCUGUCCCAACUAACCAGGUAUACCCUAAGUUCAUCUCGCUGGCUAAGAUAUGGACUGGGUUCCAGGACGAGAUGGUCCUUCUCUCCGUUAUCAGCAACAUCCAGGCCAACUUGGAGCCCUUCACUCGGUCUCACAAGGAAGUGUUGCCAGAUAGUAUCUUACAACCCCUCCUCACGGGCCUUAUCUUGAGGAGUGACGAGGAGAGGAUAACUGAAACCAGUGGUCUGGAGGGUCGGGUGGAACACGCACCUCACUUUAAAAACUUGGAAUUCCUGUUUCCGGAAACAACCCGGAACUUCAGUCAGCUACCACUUCAGUACAAGGGCUUCUGCGGGUUUAGCAUCGCCGUCCACGACAGACUUCUAUUACCAGGUAAUCCUCUUAUUGGGGUACUGAGGUACAAGGAUCACUUCUUCUGUUUUACUUCUAAAGAAGCAGCUGUCAAGUUUGCUGCUGACCCAGACCGGUACAUAGCGCACAUAGCAGAAGCAGCUAAGCGGUCCCCAGAGUUGAUCCAGCUGCUGGAACUUCACAUGCAGUUCAGUACGAUUACUCCGUACGGUAAAAGUGCAGAACCGGGUCACAUGAUAGAGAAACCUCUGACAAAAAGAGACUCUGGCAUUCAGACCGAGGUGCAUCCAAUAGAAUCUAACAUAGACCCGGACUACGAGUGGAAUGAGUGGGAAAUGAGGAGGAAGGCCAUAAAGUUAGCUAAUCUGAGAACAAGGAUCACCCACAGUGUCCAGACUGACGGCAGCAACUUUAGGAGAAACAACGCUACACAGAUAUACCAACCAAAGACACAAGACACCCAAACUACACGAGUAAAGGGUACCAGUGUUCCCAAACCCAGCGUCUUUAUUGCUGGUCUCAGAGGUUGUAAGUCGGAGACUACCGAGGCCUAUAAAGUGGACUUAACUCUGGAUGUGGACACUCACAAUGACAUAUGUGAUUAGGCCAAUGUUGAUGUUUACUUUUAGUUAUCUCACCAAAUAGGUUUUGAUAUUCAGAUAAAAUACAGAAUGCCCCGUUAUGAGACCACAGCCAUUGCCGAUAAAGCGGCAUCAUAUUUUUAGAAUCAUUGAUUGCCACAUAUGGGCCAUUGAAAAAUGUAAAUAUUGUACAGAAUUUGUAGAUUUAAAACAUUUUUCUGAAAAUAAAAUUUCAUUUGCUAUAUAAUUUCCAUGUUUGUAAUUUACCCUGUGA